AUGAGUAGAGCUGUCUCGUUCCUGGUCGAAAAUGCAACCAUACCUCCAGGAUCCGAGUACCUAUUCUCUAGUCACUUUCGAAUGGCAAUGAGCCUGCAGGAAGUUCUAUUGCUGCAGCAUUUUGCUUCGACAUUGGUGAAAUCCGUGUUCACGGCCUUGUCCGGUGGCUCGUGCGAGCAGGAUCUACGCCCUAUCUCCGCUUGGGGCACGAGGGAGUACGGAUACCCCUGUCGACAGGCCGACAGACAGACGCCAAGUUGGAGGCACGAAGCUAAGCAAGCCGCGGCAGCGAGGCCCAAACGGUGUAGGGCUGAGGAGGUGGCUUUGGGGUUGGAUUUCCGCCAUCAUACCGUCCUAGUCUAUCCAAAGGCAGACGGGCUCUUGCCAACAUUCCGCACCCAACCAGUAGGUAUUCGUCCUUCUUGGAUUGGCAAGCGCGCCAGAGCUGUCUUGUUGUGGCUGAUGAAUGUUCCAACAAUGUCCAUCCGACAUGUCCUGUCUUCAGAGUCCAACCUCGUUGACCGGUAUGGAGCAUUGGAGCUGCAGCGUGGAGAUUUGAACUGCAGGGCAGCAGGGAAACCCUCAUCGAAGCCGAUUGGCCCCGUUCUACCCCCACCUUGCCGAUGCUCCAAAAUCAAACCGCCUACGACUAUCGACGGACGCGGCGCAGUCGUUGAUAAGUGGUGCACCGAAGAAAGCCACUAUCCACUGAAGGGAAGGGCUUUGAGCUCAGGGCUAGUGAAAGCGCAAGAUUCCGAAAACUCAAAUGUCACUCUCCCCUUUCGCGGAAUUGCGAGGUGGUCUUCGGAGAAGACUCCGCAGCAAGUAGGGUCAGACGCCUCCCUUCAGUGGCGGACAACGGGUGGCUGGCUUUGCGUAGCGUAA